AUGGCCGUGGCUUUGGACGCAGUGUGGAUGAGGGUGAAGAAUGUCUGCAAACAGAAUGGGCUCCUCAUCAUGUCUGUGCUGGCUGUGGUCAUUGGGUGUCUUUUGGGAUUCUUCCUGAGGACACGGCGCCUCACGGAGCAGGAGGUGAAGUACUUCCAGUUUCCUGGAGAGCUGCUGAUGAGGAUGCUGAAGAUGCUGAUUCUCCCACUCGUGGUGUCCAGUUUGAUGUCAGGACUGGCUGCCCUCGAUGCCAAGUGUUCCAGUCGGCUUGGUCUGAUCACAGUGUCUUAUUACCUGUGGACCACCUUUGUGGCCGUGGUAGUGGGGAUCAUCAUGGUCUCCAUCAUCCAUCCAGGUGGUGCAGCCCAGAAAGAGGACUCUGAGGACAGUGGCAAGCCUAUCAUGAGUUCUGCUGAUGCUCUGCUAGACCUCAUCCGCAACAUGUUCCCAUCUAAUCUGGUCCAGGCCACAUUCCAGCAGUAUCGAACAAGCAGCGAGUACAUUGUGAAACCCAAGCCAACAGUAAGUCAGGCCCAAUCAGAGUCCACCACACGGCGAGCGCUCAUCUAUGGUAUCCAGGACGAUAAUGGAACUGACAUCCAGAACUUUGCCCUUGACCUGACCCCGCCCCCUGAUGUGCUCAUACGCACUCGGGAAGGAACAAGCGAUGGAAUGAAUGUCCUUGGAAUUGUUAUUUUUUCAGCCACAAUGGGUAUUAUGUUGGGAAGGAUGGGGCCAAAUGGCAGUGCCUUGGUGAACUUCUGCCAGAGUCUGAAUGAGGCUGUCCUUAGAAUUGUUGCCAUUGUUAUAUGGUACUUCCCAUUUGGCAUUGUGUUCCUGGUGGCUGGUAAGAUCCUGGAGAUGAGUGAUCCGUCAGCCAUGGGGAAGAAGCUGGGUUUCUACGCCGUCACUGUGGUGUUUGGGCUGGUGUUGCAUGGCUUGUUCAUCCUGCCUGCCAUGUACUUCUUCAUCACCAAAAAGAGCCCCAUCGUUUACAUACGGGGAAUCCUGCAAGCCCUGCUCAUCGCCCUCGCAACCUCCUCCAGCUCUGCCACAUUGCCUAUUACCUUCAAGUGCCUCUUGGAGAACAACCACAUUGACCGCCGUAUCAUUCGUUUUGUGCUCCCCGUGGGCGCCACCAUCAAUAUGGAUGGCACCGCUCUCUAUGAGGCUGUGGCAGCGAUAUUCAUCGCUCAAGUUAAUAAUUAUGAGCUGGACUUUGGCCAGAUCAUCACCAUCAGCAUCACAGCCACUGCAGCCAGUAUUGGUGCAGCAGGGAUACCACAAGCUGGACUGGUCACCAUGGUGAUAGUGUUAACAUCCGUCGGGUUGCCAACCGAUGACAUCACUCUCAUUAUUGCAGUAGACUGGGCACUAGACAGGUUCCGCACCAUGGUGAAUGUUAUGGGGGAUGCUUUGGCCACAGGCAUCAUGGCACACAUCUGCAGGAAAGACUUCAUUAAAGAGGGAGACGGGGUGCCAUUGAUCUGUGAGACCAAACCUGUUAUGAACACCCCACCUCUGAUGAACUGUCACAACAACAACAGCACUUUCCGACCCCCUUCCUCAGGGGUUAAACAUGAGCUCCUCCCUCCGGAUGUGGCCAGGCUCAUGCAGCUGGAGGAGGGCGUCCGGCCGCCGUCAGAGAGGAAGAAGCCUCCAAUUCCUCCGAGGCACCUGAAGAAGAGUAAAGAACACUGUACCGUUGACAUGAACGGCCUUGAGACCAACGUAUAGCCUGCUCCCGGAGUUUGAUGGGUGGUUUUUGUAGUUGUGCUGUUCAGAACCUCAGAGCAACGGACACCUGUAUAGGUAGGAGGAGAGCACAACCGAGCUCGUCUUCUUCUCCCAGCAAAUUAUUGGCCGACAUUCUCCGGUGACAAGAUGGGGUCCUGAAAAUUUUGACGAAGGCAUUUUAACACAAACCUGUCAAUCUUUGUCAUAGAAAAGUUUUUUUUUUUUUAAGCCUGGACAAGACGCACGUUGGCAGUGGAAUUAAAGACACCAAAAAGAACAACAGUAUAAUUCUAUUCAUAAAUCUUGUCAUUGGUCUGGACCUUCAGGGUGAGCUCGCACCUAAACGCCCAGACUCUGAAUACAGGUGCGAGAGCGUGCAUUGAUUAACUGAUUUGUAUUUGCUACCUACAUUUUUUAUGAUUUGUUACGUUUUUUUUGUCUGUGUGCAAAAUGUUAACAAGACAAGUGUUUAUUACGUUUUAUACCACUGCUAGCAGCCAGUUGUGUCAUAUAAGAGACAAGUCAGGAUUGCAACUGUCUGGAGUGAACUGAAUGAUCAGGAGGCAAAGUGAAAUGCCCUAAUUGUUGAAUUUUGCCUUAACAAAGUUGGUGGUGCUAGGCUGACAGUGAUGCCAGGGAAGGAGGAACUGAAAAAGAUCAGAAACUUCACCUUCCCUUGUGGUCAUGUUAUAACUUUAAUACGUGGGUAAACUAGAGAUUUGAAUGGCUUCGUGUAUUUGAACAGCCUCGGGAGCACUUGAUUUAAUUAAACUUUCCUGGCACUUGAACAGCCUACAAACAACUACUGGUAAUUUAACAUAAACUAAGUGGUCCUUGUUUGUUGGUUUAGUGGAUUUAUUUGCUUCAGUUCUCAAUGUAUCAAAGAAGAUCUCAACAUUCUGUGUCUACAACACAUGAACUUACUUUGGAGCUUUCCGUCUGUAUUAGCUGAUAUAACUCCUCACCAUUAUGCACUGGAGCCAUUCAGUUAAAGGUUAGGGUUAGAUUUUUUCAGGUCUAUCUUAAAAAAAUACUCACAAUUUCAUGUAUGUGGAAAAGGUUAUUGGCGACAGUAAUACUUGCUCCUGUCCAUUCUGGCCAUAAAGUGACUGCAGCCUAGCAAAAAGAAAUAAGGGACAAAAUCUCUGUUCAUAUACUACUGUGUGAGCAGAAAACUGAAAUUUUAAACUCUCAAGAAUCAUCAUCAUUGUGCGUCAGCACUGCCAGGUGUAGUGUCACGGGACUGUUAUUUUUGUAUCUGUACCAAGCAAAGCUUUGCAUUCCACCGUGGGAAUUUUUUUAACGGUUCCAUACGGUGCAAAAAUUCAGACACGCAAUAAAAUGGAGGACAGUGAAUUGGGUGCACUAUAUUGUAUUGAUUGGUCCUCACUCUGUACAAAACUGCCUCCCAAAGUUAAGCCAAAGCCGAUAUGAGUUUGACAGAUUGUGGCUAACAAGUAGGUAACUUUCAAAGUCACAGUCUUCACACUUCUUCAACACUCUUGGUGCUUUUCCUUGCCAAGCCACAUCAGCAGAGUACGUCCUGGUACUUGAUUACUGUCAGAACUGGCUCACUGCUCAAAGUUGUACCAACCACAAAGUCAAAUUUUUGUCCUGCUUCGUCCACACCGAUUUGAUUGCUCUUUUUCUAGUACACACAUUAGCUCCAGCUAGCGAACAACAUGCUCUGACUCUGCAUGUCAAGUGUGAAGCACCUCAGACUUGGAUUGAGUUCAGAAGGUCCAAGGAACUUCCGCUGUCUUACUUUCCUCCAGAUAUGCACUCAAAAUUCCCACACAAAAGGACAGAGUUUUGACCUGUAAAGACUGUGAAUUGAAAGUACCCUCUUGAUUUUAGUAAGUUGUACCACUACAGCCUCAUUAAUUUAGGCCUAAUUUUGGAACACAGUUUUGCAUGGAAUGAGAUCUUUGGAUUUUGCCCAAUAUCUGUUAAGGUUUGUUCAGGCAUAACGAAGUAAAUUGUCACCUACCAUUGUUUGCGUGAAUUUGAGUUCCACUGACUUUGUACCAGGUCUGAGAUUCACCACCUGUUCUGUCUGAACGGGUUUCUCACACUUGGAAGGGACUGCUUUAUGACCUUUAUGAGAAGGAGGAAUUAUUGUAGCAUUUGAGCAUUGUGUCAAGAUAGACUUGAAAAAAUCAGAACACAUCUGUUAAACCUGAAUCUUCGGAAGUGCAAUUACAACAUGGUACAUUUCACUCUUAUGGAAGAAAGGUCCAGUUGACUCUGUCAAAUACUAGGUUCCAUGUAUUCUGUCAUUUUAUUAAGCAUUUUGUCAGCUCUGUGCAGGGAAACUGACAAAGACGUAGCGUGUAUUCGGAUUUGCCACAGGCUGCCAACAUUUUUCUCGCGAGAAGAUAACAGACUGUAUUGUGAGAUGUGUUUUUUAUUUUGUUUCUUUGUUUUUUUCUACAGUAUCUGGAUUAUAUUAUGAUAUUGGAGAUUAGGGACCCUAUUUCUGUGAAAACAGCGGCGCGGUGCAGAGCGCAGCUCAGUGCGUCCUGCCCAGUGCGCCGGGGGAGUGCCAAGCGCACUCUGGUAUUUUCGUGGGCCGGCGCGCCUGGGGCACCUGCGGCACACUUGAAAACAGGGUAGGACCAGAGUACACUACCGUACACCAUAGGUGGACGUGCUGAAGGUUGUGACAAUCAUGGCCAAUCACAGCGACUACUUUCAUUCCCCUUCAGCACGGGACUCUCCCAAUCAGCGAGGCACCGACCUCAGAGGAAACUUGCUGCUGUCCGGGACUUACAGAGCUUCAAAAUAUGAAUACAGCAGUUCACAUACACUGCCAUGAGCGGAUGGUGAGUCCUUUAGGUUGAGUUCACUUUUGAAUUCCCUUUGGACAUGUUAGAGAUGUUGCGGUCAUCCUGUUUCUCGUGCGGAAUAGGACGCGAUUUGAGAGGAUCCAUAACCAUCUGCAGUCAAAUACCACUGUAGUGCCGUACGUAUCAUGGGGGUAGAAUUAAAAAUGCGGUCUAGUUCUUCUCAUGUUGUGCUUCUUUAUUUCCGAAAUUCUUUCUAAAGUUUCAUUCAGCCUUACUUCGACUGUUUUGCUUGGAGAAACGACUGCUGACAAUCUGGUAAAGAAAUAGUUGUCUGCCUAAUCUACAUAUUGUGACAUAAACGUGAUCCUGAUAAUGAUACACAAA